AUGACUGGCGAAGGCCUAAUUUCGUUCGCUUUCCUUGUUAUUACCGCGAUCUGCUUAAACCACGCGAAAGCCGAUCCUUCUAUUGCCCGCGGAUACGAUCCGUUAGAGAUUUGCUUGGAGAACUGCGCUCAGUGCAAGAAGAUGCUGGGGUCGUGGUUCGAAGGACCACUUUGCGCGGAAUCCUGUGUCAAGUACAGAGGCAGGCUGAUACCAGAUUGUGAAGACUUCGCCUCUAUUGCCCCGUUCUUAAAUAAGCUG